AUGUCAUUAACAUUAAUCUGUAAUGAUAAUUGGAAUAAAAACGAAAAUAUAAAUAAGCCAAUAGGAAGAGUAGGCCAUUCAUUACAUUUUUAUUAUGAAUUAAAUUCAUAUGAUAUAUGUAAUGAUGCAAGAAAUGAAGAAUAUGAACAUAUAAAUAAUUUUAAUGAAUUAAAAAAAGAUAAAGAGAAUGAAGAUGAGAAAAUAAAUGAAGAUAAUGAUGAAAAAGAAUUUGAAAAUAAUGACUUUAAGAAAAAUAAAAAAAAUGAGGACAUUGAAAAGUACAAUCAGAAGAAUUUUAAAAACAACAAAAAUAGAUAUAUUCUUGGCAAGUAUAAAAUAAUAAUAUUUGGUGGAGGAUCAAUAGAAGAUGAUUUUGUAAAAAAUUAUACAAAUGAAUAUUUAAUGAACAGAGGAUGUAUAUAUGAUGAAAAAGAACAAAAUUAUAUUAAUUCUAAGUCAAUGAGCAUUGAAAAUUAUUUAAAUAAAACAUAUAAUGAUAUAUAUAUAUGUGAAGAAAAGAAUGAUUUUAAUAAUUGGGAAAAUAUUCAUACAUAUAAUGUACCAUCUCCAAGAGCAUUUCACGCAUCCUGCAUUGUCAAUUUAGGAUUAAAUGGAGUAUUUUUAUUUAUUCAUGGAGGAAAAGUUGAAAAUAAUGUUUUAGCUGAUGAUUCAUUGUAUGCUUUGAAUUUAAGUUAUAUUUCUUUCGAUGAUAAAUGUGACGAACAAAUUAAAAAAAAUUGCACACAAGAUAAUUGUGAAACUAGUGGUGAUGAUAAUAAUUAUGAUGAAGAUGAGGAUAAUAAUAAAUUAAAUAAUAGUUAUAAUGAAGAAGAACAUAACAUAAUUAGUGACACAAAUAAAAAAUGUUAUAAUAGUGAACAUGAUAGAGAAUACAACUACAAUAAUUUAAAAGAAGAAAAUAAAAUAAGUAAUUUAAAUAAAAAAGUUAUUAAAAAAGAUUUCAAAAAUUUUAAGAAAAAAGAAAUAAAAAAAGAUGAUAUUAAUAUAAGAGAAGAUAUUUUAAAGGAAAAUUCAGAAAAAUUAAUUCAAAAAGAUGAUAACAACUUAACUGAAAAAUGUAUUAAUUCAGUAGAAUUGAAUCAGAAUUUUAGCGUAGAUAUGCCAGAAAAGGGACUUUUAAAUGGAGAAUAUGAGAAAAUAAAAAAAGAAAUGAAAAAUAAUAAGGAAAUUGAAGAACAUAAUAUAUCACUAAAUAAUUUCGUUAAUAAGAAGAAAUCAAAAUGUUCUUCAUCUUCCGAUUCCUCCUCGUAUUUAUGUUCAUCGUCAAAUACCUCAUAUUCUUCUUCCUAUUCAUCUUCAUACUCAUCUUGUUUAUCUCAUUCAUCCUUUUUUUAUAAUAAAGACAUUUCUGAUAAUUAUAGUAAUCCAUUCGAAAAUUCAUGUAGUCCAAUAAAAAGUGCGUUUAAUGAAAGUUUAUCUUCAUCUAAUGAUAUAUAUGAAGCUACGAACAAAUCUAUAUCUGAAAAAAUUAAAAGAAAAUGGAUACAAAUAAAAAUUAUAGGAAGGAAACCAAAUAGUAGAUACGGCCAUACAUUAGACUUUUUAUAUCCUUACAUAAUUUUAUUUGGUGGGAAUGAGAAAAUAUGUGAUGUAGAAAAUUUGUAUUGUAAAAAUGAUUUAUGGGUGUUAAAUAUAGAAAAAUGUAAAAAAAAACAAAAAAAAAAAAAUGAAUUUCUUUACUUUACAUGGGAAGAAAUAGAAUACAAAUCUGUUAAUCCAUUAGGUAGAUAUUUUCAUUCAACUUGUGUAUGGUAUGAUAAAAAAAAAAAAAAAAAUAAUUUAAUUUUAUAUGGUGGAAAAAUGAAAAAUAAGACAAAUACUAGUAGAUUAUUUCUAUUACAAAAAAAUGGAAAUAAUUGGAUUUGGUCGGUGCUACCUGUUUAUGUAGAUUGCUUAAAUGAGAAUAGAGCUUAUCAUUCCAUAGUUAAUAUUAAUGACUAUAUAUUUAUUAUUGGAGGAGAAGAGUAUAAUUAUAAAUAUAUAGAAAAAAUGCCAUCAGCUUUAUAUUCUUUUGAAACAAAAAAAUUUCAUUAUAUUGAUGAUUUUACUGCUAAAGCUUGCUUAAAAUGUUUUGCAAAAGAUGAUGUUAUUUAUUCAUGGGGAGGAUUUACUGAUAUUCCUUUUAAACAAGAUUUUUUUCCUAAUAAUUUUGUAUUACUAGAUAUUAAUCCACAUAUUUUAUGUUCACAAAUGAAAGAUAGUUUAUGCGAUGAGUAUGAUGAAAAUUCAAGCUUCAUUAUUAAGGCAGAAAGUGAUUCAGAUGAUAAUAUUUAUAAAAAUAUGAACAGAGAGAUAUCAAAAUUAGAAAAAAAACAAAAAGAAUUGGAAAAAGAUCUAUCAUAUCAUAUAAAAUUAAAUGAUAAUUUGAAUUAUCGCUUAAAAUCACAAACGUUACAAUAUCAAAAGAUGAUUCAGUUAAUAAAUUUUAAGCAGAAGCAAAAUGCAUUUUUAUUUGAUUUAUUAAAAAAGAAAAACGUAGAUAUGAAUAAUAGUAACAAUAAUAAUGAUGACAAUAGCAUAACAAAUAGUUUUAGUAAUAACAAUUACGAAAAUUAUAAUGAUUAUUUUAAAUUUUACAACAAAACUAAUGAUAAUUUAAUGAAUUUUACUAAAGCUAAUACAGAGACAAAUAGUUUAGAUGUUCAUCAUAACAAUAACAAUAUAAUAAACGAAUUAAAUCAUCAAUUUCAAGAUAAUUUAUUAAAUGAAGUCAACUUAAAGGAUAUGAAUACUUAUAAAAAUAUGUUAAACAUGGAAAACAUACAAAGAUAUUCUUACACUAACAAUGAAAAAGAAAAAGACGAAAACAAUAAAGAGAAUGUACCAUCUCAAUUAUAUUUUAAACAAAAUUAUUUAAAAACUACAUUUGAUAACAAGUAUAAUGUAAAUAACUAUAGUGAGCAAGAAGAAAAUAAUUUAAUAAAUAUCCAACAAGAAAAGCUUCUAGAAGAAACUCAAAAUUAUUACUUUAACGAAGCAUGCAAUAUUUAUAAAAAUAAUUCAUAUAUAAAUGAAGACAUAAAAGAAAAUUCCAAAUACUUAAAUAACCAUUUAAAUUAUAAAAUUAAUUCAUUUGAUAUUUUAACAGAUAAAAAUACAAGCUAUACAAAUGAUUAUUCUGUGCCAUUAGAUUUAGACAUAAACAAACAACAAGAUCAUUACAUUAAUAAUUUAAUUGAUAAUUCUUCAACAGCUAAUCAAUAUGACCAUAAUGAAAAAAAUAAUGAUAAAUAUAAUGCAAAUGAAAAUAUGAAAAAUCAAACAGAAAUAAAAUUACCAGAAAGAGAUGCAUCAAAUCAAAGAGUUCGAAGAAAAACAGCAGAAAAAUGUUUAAAAUUAAUUGAACAAGAUAGAUUAAAUAGAAAGUUAAAUGAAAAAUAA